AUGGGAAAUAGUUUACAGUGGAGCGCUCGACAAAUACACUUAUCAGCUAAGGAGAAAAGUCAGAGUUCACUAACUUUGUGCAUGGAAGAAGAUGACAGUGGCGAUAUGGACAAUUCAGAUCUGGAACUAGAACAUUUAACUACUUCCGAUGAUGACUUUAUUGGUGAGAAAAUAAUAAAAGGUUGCAAAAGAAGACAUUCUGGACCAAGGAUAAUAUUUCGAGAGACAUCGGUGCAUUUUGAUGAUGAAAGUGGACAACAAGUUACGAAUAUUCGGGGUUGGGCUGUUGUACGCGAUACUAUGCAUCUUGUCAAGGCAGGCAUUGAGGCGGUUAUUCAGGAUGAUGUAACUAGUCGGUUUGAAGCUGAACAGCUCGUCUCGUGGAACAUGCUUACACGAACUAGUUUAUCUUUCAAUCAGUUUAUCAAUUGGAAAUUGUCGGUUAUUUGGGCGCUAGGUUUUUUGUUUCGAUAUACAGUGUUACUUCCGAUGCGUUUGGUUCUGUUACUCACUGGUGUUAGCUUCAUGGUUGUUAGUACAGCUGUGAUUGGGUUAUUGCCAGAGGGAUCCCAAAAACGAUGGUUCAAUGAGCGUUGUAUGUUAUGUGGCCAUCAGAUAUUAUCCAGUUGUGUGUCUGCCGUCAUCACGUUCAAUAAUCGUGAAAAUCGGGCUCGAAAUGGGGGAAUCUGUGUUGCAAACCAUACAUCACCGAUAGAUGUAAUGAUACUUAGUACGGACUGUGCAUAUGAUUUAGUUGGACAACGUCAUAGUGGUUGUCUUGGAAUUUUGCAGCGCGCCCUUAGUAGAGCAAGUUCUCACAUAUGGUUUGAACGUGGUGAAGCUCGAGAUCGUUCGUUUGUUGCAGAAAAAUUGAGAGAACAUGUCGACAAUAAGAAUUUACUUCCAAUUUUGAUUUUUCCUGAAGGCACUUGCAUCAAUAAUACGUCAGUGAUGAUGUUCAAGAAAGGAUCAUUUGAGGUUGGGACAACAAUCUAUCCAAUUGCAAUGAAAUACGAUUCUCGUUUUGGUGAUCCAUUUUGGAAUAGCAGUCAACAUGGAUGGUUUGAAAAUUGCUUUCGUAUGUUUACGUCGUGGGCUAUUAUAUGUGAUGUUUGGUAUCUAGAACCUAUGAAGAAAUUUCCCAAUGAAAAUGCUAUUGAUUUCGCUAAUCGCGUGAAAAAGGAAAUAGCUAUGCGUGGUGGCCUUGUUGAUCUUCAGUGGGAUGGCGAGCUAAAACGAAGUCGUGUGCCAACCAAAUUAAUUUUGCAUCAGCAAAAAAAAUACUUCCGCCGUCUCGCGCGAUAUUUUUCAGAUGAUAUGAAGAAGUGUAUCUCCAUUCCGAAAAUGAGAACAGUUGGAUCAGAUGUUUCUACAACUGAUGAUCGAGCGAACGAAAAAUCCGAAUCUGAUGUUGAUACUGGGUUUACCGACGAUUUGAAAUUCAGAGACAUUUCGCCGAGUAGUGGUGACUUGUCAAAAAUGAGAGUAGAACUGAAAGGUUCAGAAUUCGAUCACAACAGUGAAUCGAAUUUUCGUUGCAAUAUGCCAAUCAGUCAAUCGCAAGUUAUGGAUACUUCAUCUCCUCUCAAAGCCUUGUAA